AGGGGCGGGGGAAGGAGUCCGAGGGGAGGGGCGGGGACCGGCAGCCGCCCUCCCUCACCCUCCCUCCCUUUCUUUCUUUCUUUCUCUCCUUCUCGCUCUCUUGUCUUUUCUUUGCCUCUGCAGCGGCCAAGGGGGCGGGCCCUGCAGCCUUUGUUGCCCGCGGACCGAGCGCAGCCGAACGGAGUCGGGGCCGGGUCGCCGGGAGCUGCACGCCGGCCGGGCAUGUCCUGAGCCGGACCUGGGACCAGGCAGCGACCGGACGGGACGGACGAGAGCGUGCGCGCGGGGUCACCCGGCGGCCGCCCGGUUCCUGCCAUGCCCGGCGGCCCCAGUCCCGGCAGCCCCGCGCCUUUGCUGCGCCCCCUCCUCGUGCUCCUCUGCGCUCUGGCUCCCGGCGCCCCCGGACCCGCACCAGGACGUGCAACCGAGGGCCGGGCGGCACUGGACAUCGUGCACCCGGUUCGAGUCGACGCGGGGGGCUCCUUCCUGUCCUACGAGCUGUGGCCUCGCGCACUGCGCAAGCGGGAUGUAUCUGUGCGCCGAGACGCGCCCGCCUUCUACGAGCUACAAUACCGCGGGCGCGAGCUGCGCUUCAACCUGACCGCCAAUCAGCACCUGCUGGCGCCCGGCUUUGUGAGCGAGACGCGGCGGCGCGGCGGCCUGGGCCGUGCGCACAUCCGGGCCCACACCCUGGCCUGCCACCUGCUUGGCGAGGUGCAGGACCCUGAGCUCGAGGGUGGCCUGGCGGCCAUCAGCGCCUGCGACGGCCUGAAAGGUGUGUUCCAGCUCUCCAACGAGGACUACUUCAUUGAGCCCCUGGACAGUGCCCCGGCCCGGCCUGGCCACGCCCAGCCCCAUGUGGUGUACAAGCGUCAGGCCCCGGAGAGGCUGGCACAGCGGGGUGAUUCCAGUGCUCCAAGCACCUGUGGAGUGCAAGUGUACCCAGAGCUGGAGCCUCGACGGGAGCGUUGGGAGCAGCGGCAGCAGUGGCGGCGGCCACGGCUGAGGCGUCUACACCAGCGGUCGGUCAGCAAAGAGAAGUGGGUGGAGACCCUGGUGGUAGCUGAUGCCAAAAUGGUGGAGUACCACGGACAGCCGCAGGUUGAGAGCUAUGUGCUGACCAUCAUGAACAUGGUGGCUGGCCUGUUUCAUGACCCCAGCAUUGGGAACCCCAUCCACAUCACCAUUGUGCGCCUGGUCCUGCUGGAAGAUGAGGAGGAGGACCUAAAGAUCACGCACCAUGCAGACAACACCCUGAAGAGCUUCUGCAAGUGGCAGAAAAGCAUCAACAUGAAGGGGGACGCCCAUCCCCUGCACCAUGACACCGCCAUCCUGCUCACCAGGAAGGACCUGUGUGCAGCCAUGAACCGGCCCUGUGAGACCCUGGGACUGUCCCAUGUGGCGGGCAUGUGCCAGCCGCACCGCAGCUGCAGCAUCAACGAGGACACGGGCCUGCCGCUGGCCUUCACUGUAGCCCACGAGCUCGGGCACAGUUUUGGCAUUCAGCAUGACGGAAGCGGCAAUGACUGUGAGCCCGUUGGGAAACGACCUUUCAUCAUGUCUCCACAGCUCCUGUACGACGCCGCUCCCCUCACCUGGUCCCGCUGCAGCCGCCAGUAUAUCACCAGGUUCCUUGACCGUGGGUGGGGCCUGUGCCUGGACGACCCUCCUGCCAAGGACAUUAUCGACUUCCCCUCGGUGCCACCUGGUGUCCUCUAUGACGUGAGCCACCAGUGCCGCCUCCAGUACGGGGCCUACUCUGCCUUCUGCGAGGACAUGGAUAAUGUCUGCCACACACUCUGGUGCUCUGUGGGGACCACCUGUCACUCCAAGCUGGAUGCAGCCGUGGACGGCACCCGGUGUGGGGAGAAUAAGUGGUGUCUCAAUGGGGAGUGCGUACCCGUGGGCUUCCGGCCCGAGGCCGUGGAUGGUGGCUGGUCUGGCUGGAGCGCCUGGUCCAUCUGCUCACGGAGCUGUGGCGUGGGCGUACAGAGCGCCGAGCGGCAGUGCACGCAGCCUACGCCCAAAUACAAAGGCAGAUACUGUGUGGGUGAGCGGAAGCGCUUCCGCCUCUGCAACCUGCAGGCCUGCCCCGCUGGCCGCCCCUCCUUCCGCCACGUCCAGUGCAGCCACUUUGACGCUAUGCUCUACAAGGGCCAGCUGCACACAUGGGUGCCCGUGGUCAAUGACGUGAACCCCUGUGAGCUGCACUGCCGGCCCGCGAAUGAGUACUUUGCCGAGAAGCUGCGGGACGCCGUGGUCGAUGGCACCCCCUGCUACCAGGUCCGAGCCAGCCGGGACCUCUGCAUCAACGGCAUCUGUAAGAAUGUGGGCUGUGACUUCGAGAUUGACUCCGGCGCUAUGGAGGAUCGCUGUGGCGUGUGCCAUGGCAACGGCUCCACCUGCCACACCGUGAGCGGGACCUUCGAGGAGGCCGAGGGCCUGGGGUAUGUGGACGUGGGGCUGAUCCCAGCCGGCGCCCGCGAGAUCCGCAUCCAGGAGGUUGCCGAGGCUGCCAACUUCCUGGCACUGCGGAGCGAGGACCCGGAGAAGUACUUCCUCAAUGGUGGCUGGACCAUCCAGUGGAACGGGGACUACCAGGUGGCAGGGACCACCUUCACAUACGCACGCAGGGGCAACUGGGAGAACCUCACGUCCCCGGGUCCCACCAAGGAGCCUGUCUGGAUCCAGCUGCUGUUCCAGGAGAGCAACCCCGGGGUGCACUACGAGUACACCAUCCACAGGGAGGCAGGUGGCCACGACGAGGUCCCGCCGCCCGAGUUCUCCUGGCAUUAUGGGCCCUGGACCAAGUGCACAGUCACCUGCGGCAGAGGUGUGCAGAGGCAGAGUGUGUACUGCUUGGAGCGGCAGGCAGGGCCCGUGGACGAGGAGCACUGUGACCCCCUGGGCCGGCCCGAUGACCAACAGAGGAAGUGCAGCGAGCAGCCCUGCCCUGCCAGGUGGUGGGCAGGUGAGUGGCAGCUGUGCUCCAGCUCCUGCGGGCCUGGGGGCCUCUCCCGCCGGGCCGUGCUCUGCAUCCGCAGCGUGGGGCUGGAUGAGCAGAGCGCCCUGGAGCCACCCGCCUGUGAACACCUUCCCCGGCCCCCUACUGAAACCCCUUGCAACCGCCAUGUACCCUGUCCGGCCACCUGGGCUGUGGGGAACUGGUCUCAGUGCUCAGUGACAUGUGGGGAGGGCACUCAGCGCCGAAAUGUCCUCUGCACCAAUGACACCGGUGUCCCCUGUGACAAGGCCCAGCAGCCAGCCAGCGAAGUCACCUGCUCUCUGCCACCCUGUCGAUGGCCCCUGGGCACACUGGGCCUUGAAGGCUCAGGCAGCGGCUCCAGCCAUGAGCUCUUCAACGAGGCUGACUUCAUCCCGCGCCACCUGGCCCCACGCCCUUCACCUGCCUCAUCACCCAAGCCAGGCACCAUGGGCAACGCCAUUGAGGAGGAGGCUCCAGAGCUGGACCUGCCGGGGCCCGUGUUUGUGGACGACUUCUACUACGACUACAAUUUCAUCAACUUCCACGAGGAUCUGUCCUACGGGCCCUCUGAGGAGCCCGAUCUAGACCUGGCGGGGACAGGGGACCGGACACCCCCACCACACAGCCAUCCUGCUGCGCCCUCCACGGGUAGCCCCGUGCCUGCCACAGAGCCUCCUGCAGCCAAGGAGGAGGGGGUACUGGGACCUUGGUCCCCCAGCCCUUGGCCCAGCCAGACCGGCCGCUCCCCACCCCCACCCUCAGAGCAGACCCCUGGGAACCCUCUGAUCAAUUUCCUGCCUGAGGAAGACACCCCCAUAGGGGCCCCAGAUCUUGGGCUCCCCAGCCUGUCCUGGCCCAGGGUUUCCACUGAUGGCCUGCAGACACCUGCCACCCCUGAGAGCCAAAAUGAUUUCCCAGUUGGCAAGGACAGCCAGAGCCAGCUGCCCCCUCCAUGGCGGGACAGGACCAAUGAGGUUUUCAAGGAUGACGAAUCCAAGGGCCGUGGAGCACCCCACCUGCCCCCGAGACCCAGCUCCACGCUGCCCCCUUUGUCCCCUGUUGGCAGCACCCAUUCCUCUCCUAGUCCCGACGUGGCGGAGCUGUGGACAGGAGGCACGGUGGCCUGGGAGCCAGCUCUGGAGGGUGGCCUGGGGCCCGUGGACAGUGAACUGUGGCCCACUGUUGGGGUGGCUUCUCCCCCUCCUCCUCCUCCUCCCAUAGCCCCUCUGCCAGAGAUGAAGGUCAGGGACAGUUCCCUGGAGCCGGGGACUCCCACCUUCCCAACCCCAGGACCAGGCUCAUGGGACCUGCAGACUGUGGCAGUGUGGGGGACCUUCCUCCCCACAACCCUGACUGGCCUCGGGCACAUGCCUGAGCCUGCCCUGAACCCAGGACCCAAGGGCCAGCCUGAGUCCCUCAGCCCUGAGGUGCCCCUGAGCUCUAGGCUGCUGUCCACACCAGCUUGGGACAGCCCCGCCAACAGCCACAGAGCCCCUGAGACCCAGCCACUGGCUCCCAGCCUGGCUGAAGCAGGGACCCCCGCGGACCUGUUGGUUGUCAGGAAUGCCAGCUGGCAAGCGGGAAACUGGAGCGAGUGCUCUACCACCUGUGGCCUGGGUGCGGUCUGGAGGCCGGUGCGCUGUAGCUCCGGCCGGGAUGAGGACUGCGCCCCCGCUGGCCGGCCCCAGCCUGCCCGCCGCUGCCACCUGCGGCCCUGUGCCACCUGGCACUCAGGCAACUGGAGUAAGUGCUCCCGCAGCUGCGGCGGAGGUUCCUCAGUGCGGGACGUGCAGUGUGUGGACACACGGGACCUCCGGCCACUGCGGCCCUUCCAUUGUCAGCCCGGGCCUGCCAAGCCGCCUGCGCACCGGCCCUGCGGGGCCCAGCCCUGCCUCAGCUGGUACACGUCUUCCUGGAGGGAGUGCUCCGAGGCCUGUGGCGGUGGUGAGCAGCAGCGUCUAGUGACCUGCCCGGAGCCAGGCCUCUGCGAGGAGGCACUGAGACCCAACACCACCCGGCCCUGCAACACCCACCCCUGCACGCAGUGGGUGGUGGGGCCCUGGGGCCAGUGCUCAGCCCCCUGUGGUGGUGGCGUCCAGCGGCGCCUGGUCAAGUGUGUCAACACCCAGACAGGGCUGCCCGAGGAAGACAGUGACCAGUGUGGCCACGAGGCCUGGCCUGAGAGCUCCCGGCCGUGUGGCACCGAGGAUUGUGAGCCCGUCGAGCCUCCCCGCUGUGAGCGGGACCGCCUGUCCUUUGGGUUCUGCGAGACGCUGCGCCUACUGGGCCGCUGCCAGCUGCCCACCGUCCGCACCCAGUGCUGCCGCUCGUGCUCUCCGCCCAGCCACGGCGCCCCCUCCCGAGGCCAUCAGCGGGUUGCCCGCCGCUGACUGCGCCAGGAUGCACAGACCGACCGACAGACCUCAGUGCCCACCACGGGCUGUGGCGGAGCUCCCGCCCCUGCGCCCUAAUGGUGCUAACCCCCUCUCACUACCCAGCGGCAGGCUGGGGACCUCCUCCCCCUCAAAAAAGGUAUUUUUUUAUUCUAACAGUUUGUGUAACAUUUAUUAUGAUUUUACAUAAAUGAGCAUCUACCAUUCCAAA